UCCUCUUCUUUGACCUAAAAAAACCUUCAUUGUUUCCUAAGCAAAAUGGCUUUUACUACUUCUCACACUCAAAAACAUGUGGUGGUUUUGGCUUUAGCUUUGCAGCUAACCUUCCUUUUGAUGGGCACUUCUUCAGCCCAACUCUCUGUCUCUUUCUACUCCAAGACUUGCCCUAAACUCCUCUCUAUAGUCCGCUACGGCGUUCAAUCUGCCAUCGCUAAGGAAACCCGCAUUGGCGCUUCCCUCCUUCGUCUCCACUUCCAUGACUGCUUCGUUAACGGAUGUGAUGGAUCAAUUCUUUUAGAAGAUACUGCUACUUUUAGAGGAGAGCAAACUGCACCUCCUAACAAUAGGUCUGUUAGAGGUUUUAAUGUCAUAAAAGCCAUCAAGAGUAAUGUAGAAAAAGUUUGUCCAGGUGUGGUCUCCUGUACUGAUAUUUUGACUCUUACUGCACGUGACUCUGUUAAUAUUUUGGGAGGGCCAACUUGGGAAGUGAGGUUAGGAAGAAGAGACUCAAAAACAGCCAGCUUUUCCGCUGCCAGCAGUGGUGUCAUCCCUCCACCUAGUUCAACCCUCGCCAACCUCAUCAAUCGAUUCAGUGCUGUAGGCCUCUCAACUAAAGACAUGGUUGCCUUGUCUGGUGCGCACACGAUAGGCCUAGCAAGGUGUGUAUCCUUUAGGAGCCGCAUAUACAACGAGAGUAACAUAGACACUUCAUUUGCAAAGCUAACACAAAGGAAUUGCCCAAGAAGUGGAGGAGAUGACAAUCUUGCACCUCUAGAUGUCACAACCCCGAAGCUUUUCGACAACCAUUACUACAAGAAUCUUUUGAACAAGAAAGGACUACUCCACUCUGAUCAGAUCCUCCACAACGGCGGAUCCACUGAUUCCUUGGUCGAACAGUACAGUCAAAACAAUAAGAUUUUCGAUGCCGAUUUUGUGACGGCAAUGAUUAAAAUGGGAGACAUCAAACCGCUCAUCGGAUCUCAAGGCGAGAUCAGGAAGGUCUGCAGCAAACCCAACUGAUCUAUGAUGAUCUUUGUGGAACUAUGGAUUUGAAUAUUGACGUUGAGCAACUCAAUAAUGGGUUUUUAUCUUACUUGUGUGUGUGGGUAAUUUAGUUGAAAGGUAAAAGUAUGAAAUAUACUGAUGACUAGUAAGGAAUUUGGUGGCGCCGUUGUUGUUUGAGAGUAAUCUUUCUGAAAUUUGUAAGAUUUAUACAUAGUGCAAUAUAAUUUUUAAAUUACUUUA